AUGGAAGACGUGAAAUUCACUCGGUCGCAUUCGCGGUCGCCGCUUCCUGAGGCUGGCAACGACCCCCAGGAUCCUUUACGCCCUGAAAUAGACGAGGAAAACUCGGUCCCAAAUCCCACCAUCGCGGAGCCCUACCAAGACAUGGAAGCGACAGAGAAGCAGCCAGGGAUGCCCGACGACGACGACAUCCAGGCUGGCCUUUCAGACAAUGAAUCAGUCUUAUCUGAAGCAUUAGAUGAUGACCAGCUUGAUGAGCAGUUUGGCGAAUUCGACGCAAGCAACAUCGCCAUUGAAGAGCGUCCAGCGCAGGCUAUCGAUGAGGACAACGUCAAGCAAAUUGGUGUGCACAAGCGCAAGCGAACGGGGGCAGAUGGUGAGGAACCAAGGAAAAAGAAGAAGCGCGCAGAUAAGCCACGCCGCAAGAAGAACAAGGAUGGUGAAGAUGCGGCAGAGGACGGCGAGAGGCGUAGCAAGCGGACCAAGAAGGCAGGCAGGGUCCGUGGGGCCAGCCCAGACGACGAUGCAGAGGCAGAUGCAAAUCUCACUCCAGAAGAGCGCCGGAAACGCGCACUGAAUGCGCAAAUCGACUCCAUAGUCAAGGGCAACUCUUCCCGCCGACGAAAGAAGGAUGGCAUCGACCUGGAACAAAUGGCGGAUCAAGAAAUUGAGGAGAUGCGCCGUCGCAUGGCAGCAGCAGCUGAAGCCGACAACGAAGGUCGCAAGCGCGAUGAGCCCGCCCGACACAAGCUCAAACUCCUACCAGAAGUCACGGCCCUACUCAACAAGAAUAGUUUGCGGGAAACCAUAGUCGACCCCGAAGUCAAUCUCCUCGAGUCAGUGCGCUUCUUCCUAGAGCCUCUCAGCGACGGUAGUCUUCCCGCCUACGACAUCCAGAAAGAACUGUUUGCCUCGCUCGCAAAGCUCCCUGUCAACAAGGACACGCUUGUUGCCUCUGGCAUCGGCAAAGUCAUCAUGUUCUACAUCAAGAGCAAGCGUCCCGAACUCUCCAUCAAGCGCCAAGCCGAGCGUCUCUUCACAGACUGGACCCGUCCCAUUCUUCGCCGAACCGACGAUUACCGCAAAAAGGAGUUUGCCCAGGCUGACUACGAUCCAAGUAUGAACAGAACCGCCGACCGCCUUGCAAACAGCCAGGCCAGCCAGGCCGCGGCUGCGCGGAAAAAGGCUCUCGAGGCCCCCCGCAACUUUGUCCGUGCUCGCAUGGAGACGGGCCCGACAAACUACACCAUUGCGCCCAAGAGCAACGUCGUCUUCAACGAAAACACUCGCAACCGUUCUAGCAACGUCGAUAUCCUAAAGCAGAUUCGCAACCGCGGCGCUGGCGGUGGUAGACGCUAA